AUGCGCUCUACUUCAUCACUGCUCUUUCGAGCUAUAAGAGCUCUUCAGCAUGAAAAUCCACUUGGUCUCCCUCGAUCAGGUACUCCGCCAAAUUGGCCGAAACGGCCUCAGAGGCGGAAGAUUACUGGUGUAGACAAGGUCAUCGCCGUCUCCUCCGCCAAAGGCGGCGUUGGUAAAAGCACUGUCGCUGCAAACUUAUCACUAGCCUUUGCUAGACUUGGUUUCCGCGCUGGAAUAUUAGAUACCGAUAUCUUUGGCCCAUCUAUUCCGACCCUGUUCGAUCUGUCAGGGGAGCCCAGGCUAUCUAGUAACAAUCAGCUAGUGCCUCUAACCAAUUACGGAGUUAAGACAAUGUCAAUGGGCUAUCUAGUAGGCGAGAGUGCUCCAGUUGUAUGGAGAGGACCGAUGGUUAUGAAAGCUAUUCAGCAACUCCUUCACGAAGUCGAUUGGGGUGGCUUAGAUAUUCUUGUGUUAGACCUGCCUCCAGGAACAGGUGAUACACAAUUGACCAUUACCCAGCAAGUUAUUCUGGACGGGUCUGUCAUCAUCACUACACCACACACUUUAGCAACGAAAGAUGCGGUUAAAGGCAUCAACAUGUUCAAAACAGUUGGCGUCAACAUCCUUGGCAUGGUGCAGAACAUGUCUCUCUUCAACUGCCCUCACUGCCAUCAGGAUACUAACGUGUUUGGAUCAAAUAAAAAGGUGGAAAAGCUAUGUCAAGACCAUGAAAUUGAGUUUCUAGGAGACAUUCCGCUUCAUCCCAACAUUGGUGAUGAUGGGGAAAGGGGAAAGCCGACUGUCGUCGCUGAGCCAUCCAGCGAACGAGCAUCAGCGUUUAUCGAUAUAGCUAAAGCUAUCUGCCCCAAGAUCGAUCUAAAGCAACACGAGCGUCACAAUCACUAA